GGGGUCAGCGGGACCCUCAGUUUGAGCGGCAGGAAGCUCCGGGACUAUCCGCGGGCCAGCGCCGCCAACCACGAUCUCAGCGACACCACCCAGGCUGACCUGUCACGGAACAGACUGUCGGAGCUCCCAGCAGAAGCCUGUCACUUUGUCUCCCUCGAGACUCUCAAUCUGUACCAGAACUGCAUUCGAUUUAUCCCAGAGGCUGUUUUGAAUCUACAGUCUUUAACAUUUCUAAAUAUCAGUCGAAACCAGCUAUCAACAUUGCCAGUACACCUCUGUAGACUACCACUAAAAGUUUUGAUAGCAAGUAAUAAUAAGCUGGUUUCAAUACCUGAAGAAAUUGGACAGCUCAGACAGCUGACAGAGCUUGAUGUGAGCUGUAAUGAAAUACAGACAAUACCUCCACAGAUUGGCAAUUUGGAAUCCUUGCGAGACCUAAAUGUCAGAAGAAAUAAUUUGGUGCGUUUACCUGAAGAGCUUGCUGAGUUGCCUUUGAUUCGAUUAGAUUUCUCCUGCAAUAAAAUAACAACAAUACCAGUUUGUUAUAGAAACCUCAGACAUCUUCAGACCAUCAUGUUAGAAAACAACCCUCUCCAGUCCCCCCCUGCACAGAUAUGUAUAAAAGGAAAAAUUCAUAUAUUUAAAUACCUGAACAUAGAAGCAUGCAAGAUCGCUCCAGAUUUGCCUGAUUAUGAUAGGAGACCCAUGGGAUUUGGAUCAUGCCAUGAGGAACUCUAUUCCAGUCGUCCGUACGGGGCACUCGAUUCUGGCUUCAACAGUGUGGACAGCGGAGAUAAAAGAUGGUCAGGGAAUGAACCAACAGAUGAGUUCUCAGAUCUCCCAUUACGUGUGGCAGAGAUCACCAAAGAGCAGAGACUGAGGAGAGAAAGUCAAUACCAAGAAAACAGAGGGAGUGCACUUGUAACUAAUGGUGGAGUGGAGCACGAUCUCGAUCAGAUUGACUACAUUGACAGCUGUGCCACAGAGGAGGAGGAGGAAGAGGUGAGGCAGCCCAAGUGCCUGGACACAGACAGCCUCAGCUCCCAGUUCAUGGCAUACAUCGACCAGAGGCGGAUCUCCAAUGAGAGCUCACCAGUUAAGCCUGUAUCCAUAAGAGAAUUUCAGAGAACAGAGGAUACAAGACGACAUUUACAUCAAAACAGGGAUACAGAUGAAUUACGAAGACCUGAAACUCUAAAUUUGAUGCAGGACAAAGAGCAUCACCAAGUACUAAGGAGUUAUGUGGACAGGACAGAGAGACCCCUGCCUGAUUCACCUUAUUUUCUCUCGCUAUCAAGUCACCACACCCAGGUGCCGAGCACAGAUUCGGAGCUGCAGCGCCGGCACAUCGAGCGCACCCGGCGGGAGGCGCAGCUGGCAGCCCGUCAGUACGAGGAGGAGAGGAUGAGAGCUAAGCAGAUGCAGAGAGAAGCUGUCCUUGACUUUAUUAAGCAAAAAGCCUCCUUAAGUCCUCAGAAGCAAAGUCCAAUGGACAGUGAGUGUCCCUUUCCAUCCAGAAGGUCUCAGCAUACUGAUGAUAGUGCCUUGUUAGUGAGUGAUGACAGAUCUACCAUCUCCCCUGGCUCACCUACCGCUCAGACAGUCCACCUUUCCCCUCCAUAUCCUGGCCAUGCAGCCCCGCCUUCCUAUAGAAACCCUUCCCAGCGACCUGAGAGUUUCCUUUUCCGAACAGCUGUCAGGGAUGAAGCCAAGAAAGCUGUUGCUUCAUCCUCUACCUGUGCCUUGUCUCCUGCUAAUGAUUCUGCAGAGCCUCGGGUGAGACAGAACUCCAAACAGCGGGAAGAGGAGCUGGAGCUGAUAGAGCAGCUACGCAAGAACAUCGAGGCGCGGCUGAAGGUGUCCCUGCCCAGCGACCUGGGGGCGGCUCUCACGGACGGCGUCGUUCUGUGCCACUUGGCCAACCACGUGCGGCCCCGCUCUGUCCCCAGCAUCCACGUGCCCUCCCCUGCUGUCCCUAAACUUACAAUGGCAAAGUGCAGACGAAACGUGGAGAAUUUCUUGGAAGCUUGCAGAAGGAUUGGAGUGCCUCAGGACAAUCUUUGUUCCCCUUCUGACAUUCUCCAGCUAAACCUCAGCGUUAAAAGAACAGUUGAGACUCUUCUUUCCCUGGGGACAGAUUCAGAAGAAUCCAGUCUUGUGUCCCUUUCCGUUCAGCUCUGGGGCUUUGUGGUGUUUUACUGUACUCUAAUGCUAACGCUCUGUAUGUUCUAUCGCUGGGUCUUUUUUCUCUAGUGAAGGAUAGUGGUGCUGCUUCCUCCCUCCGUCACUCCAGUGCUUGGGAACAGAUUCUGGGCUUUGCCAAGACUGUGUGUAUGAAGUGCUUUGUUUCCCACGGAUGGGACAGAGGUGACAAGUACGAUGUGCAAACACCUUGGUGCACCCACAGCACCAUCCAUGACCAAUUCCCAUUUGUAUUUGCUGUGUCACGUUGAGCAGAUGAAAUGCUUUCCAGGGGAGGAGGUGCUGUCCCUGGGCUCGAGCGAGGGCUGAGCUCAGGACACGUGGUGCAUGCUCUAGUCUGCUGACCAGUGGUGCAGUGAAAACUGCAGUGUCAGAUUGUGCCUCUGUUCCCCCAUCUGUAUAAUGGGAAAUGCAGCCACUUUGGUAAAUUGCUUGAGGAUUAUCUGAUGAAAAAUGUUAAACAAUGUGAAGUAUUUUUUUCAAUGUCAAUGUUCUCGAUGCGAUCUUACAGUCUUAGGAGACAUGGUCUGGUGUUGUCCACAGAACGUUCUAACUGGUUUGGUUUUUUACCCCCAGUCCUUUAUCCUGCUUCUGAGAGCAUUUGAUUUCUCAAAUUUAUAGACUCUGCUGUAUUGCUUUGAGUCAGGAUUUUUAAAACAACUGUCAAUGAAUCCUGAGCUACUUGAACUUUAUAACAGUUCAAGCAGAAAAUUCAGGGAAAUUAAGCUCUUCAACAGCUUUAAGAGAAAAGUUUUAUGGCACAGAAAGAAAAAUCUUUAUGAUCCUGUCAAGUGCUACAGAAUGUCGUAGCAUUUUACUGUGAUCUGGAUAAGACUUACCAAAAACUUGUUGAAUUGUCACUUGAUCUUGGGGUCGCUUGACCCCAACCCAAGCUUGUUCCAUGCUUAUUCCCUUCUUUGUCUUAUCCUGUCAGAAACACUUGCAUCAUGCAAUUGCACAAAUAUAAGUCCCAGCUGCACAAGCACUCCUCACUGUUUCACAAAACUCAGGUAGUCUUCCAUAAAGCUUCACAGCCUUUCCCUCCCCAGGGGAAGCAUCCUGGUGCUUUAAUGCUUUAAUGUCUCAGGGACACCUCAGAGCUUCAGGGCACUCCCCAUGUGUCUAACAGACCAUGUCUCCUCAGAGUGGAGAUCCGUUCAGGGAGCUCUGCUCAGAGACCAGUGACAGGUAAGUGUUCAGGAAAUGGCUGUUCCAGAUGCCUGCUCAAUAAAUUUCUGUUGUAUCUGCAAGUGCAGUAAAUGGUUUGGAAGCCCAGUGCAAGUGGUGUUGGCAUUCCAGUCAUAACCUGGAACACCUCUGAAGCACAGUUUAAGGUACACAGGAGUUCAGUUGCAAAUGUGGUCACUACCAGUAAAAAUGUGUUACGUGUAUGGGGUCUCACAAGCUCUUGUACCAUGAAGUGAGUAGUUAUCAAAGGAGCAAGUAAGAGCUGCUGCCUUCUGUCCAGGUCACACAAAGUGUUCUGUCCAAGCCAAACAUCACUGAGUAAAGAAGGGACUUUUGAUAGGGGGAGAUUUGUUUUAUUUUUAAGUAAGCUAUUUUUGUACUGCUUACUGGUAUGAACUAAAAUGAACUCCUGUGUUUCUUAACUUCUAAUGAACACUGUGAUAAAAGCUGCAAGGGGUUUUACACUAACAGUGCCUUCCAGUUUUUAAAUUUUGUUUGUCAUUGCUGUCUGUGGUAUGGAGUCAUUCCAAAGCUUUUCCCCCUUAUCUGUUUGCAUACAUAAGAAAAAAGAUAAGGCAUAUUUACUCAAGUUUACAAGUAUUUUCUCAAAAAGCACAAUUUUUUCAUAGUAAUAUACAUUUGCUGGAAGAAAAAUGUAUUUUAGCCUGAGCAUAUGGCUUUCUAUGAGAAUUUCAGUCGGGGCUCACUUGUUUUCUCUGCUUGGAACUUUGCGGGAGGAGUGUUGGCUGACACGGUUUGUGCUGAAGGAUUUCUUUAACUUCAAAAAUCAGUUAAGACUCAAGGAGUGGAGAAAUGCCAGUUGAUGUGAAAAUAGCACAUGAAAAAUAGUCUCUGCAGCCCUAUAGGAAGGACACACUUGGGUUCUUUUCUGCGGAUACAGAGAACUGUUGGACAUGUAUCCUGACUGUUGUGGAGUGAGGAUGGCCAGGAGGUACCAAGGACUUCUGUAGGAUUAGGCUUUAAAUACAUCUUAGACUGAGAAUAGCACAACUAUUAAUAAACAGUUUGAAACCUCUUUUUGCAUGUUGCGUAUUACUGUUAUUCCUCAGGAUGAUUUUGGGGGCUGCCCACUAAGCAGGGGCACUUUGGGGACCUGAGUGAGUGGUAGUGACUCAUUCCUGCUCCCCAGCAAGCUUCCCUCACAGCUGUAGCUGAACAGGACUGUCUCCAAAAGGUGUGAUUUGGAAAGGAAGCUGUGGUUCCUCUCCUGCUCUGUGUUGUAGCACAUUGAUCAUACUGAAGCAAAGCUUCCCCCUCCUCAAGUUCAUCUACUUUGGUUUCAUAAACUGCUGCCAUCUCAGUGAGGGCAGAGAUGGUGGACAAUUUGCUAUUCAAUCCCCUUUCUCCCACAAUCUUUUUUUAAAUUCUUAUUUGUAGAAUUUUCUAUUGAAAAAGCACAAGAGAUUAGCCCAAGGCCAUCCUUCUUGAGUAGUCAAAGUCAUGGUUCCUUUGUCACAAGCAGAAAUCUCAUGUCCUACCCCUGUGUGUGUGUGCUGCCUGUCCAUAACAUUUCAUAUUUCAGUCACCUUUUGCUUAAUUUUUUUUUUCUUUUCAGUUGAGUGGUUUUCAUCCAUUUUGUUUUUGUCUUUGUUUUGUUCCCCAUUCAGGAGCAAUUAUGUUUGCCUCUGCAUAUUUUAGAAGAGAAGGGUUUGACACAGGUAGCUGUGACUGUCCAGGCGCUCCUGGAGCUGGC